AUGCCAAAGAUUCAACGCACCGCCUUGAAUGUGAGUCGGGCAGUUAAGCGCAACACUAUCAACGCUGACCUCAAGGCACUUGAUGCCCUCAUUGACACAACAUGUGCAGAGCUUGCAGUCAAGCACAAGAAGAAGAAGAGGUAUUUCUUGGAUGCGGUUUACCAGAACGGUGUACGGCUCUCUUCUCAAAGUACGCCCAUCAACCCUUACAAUGCUUGGAAAUGGGCCAAGGCAAACGAACUACAUGGUGUGGGUAUCACCAACUAUGACAUGACAGACAUUGCACGCGUGUUUGGCCAUGAGUACAGCUCCUUAUCGUCUGAACAAAAAAAGGGACUGGUUGACCAGUACCGUGAACACAAGAGCCGAAAUCAGAAGUACCGGACACCCACCGCUAGAUCCCGUGCACAGGAUAUUGCACAGAUAUAUCUCACUGUCAAAAAACUCUUGGCCAGCCUCCAGAAGGGUUCCGGUGUGGAGACCGUUCUGAUAAUGGUGAAGAACUGGACUGAAAAUGUGAUGCAGCCUACAUGCUACUUCUCAAACCCCCUUAUGGAACCAUUCAUGAAGACUGCUACCUGGGGAGGCUGGGACACCAGGAAUGUUGCUGCAAAACUUGAGGUGUUUGCGUUGGCAGGAUUCGAUUCCUCAAAAUUGUAUACCAAACGAGCAGACGUUACACAAGAGCUCAAGAAUGAAAUCAGGGAUUUCAUCAAAGCAAAUCUCGCAGAGGUAUCUGGCAAAGAAAAACCGACGAUGCAUUAUGAGGAGUUCGAUAAAUUGAUCACCCUUCAAAACGGAAUUGUCCUCGAGAACUGGCCAAUCGGCGAUUUCUGUAAUCCCAGCAGAAUCAGCAACAACAUUGAGAUUCUCCACACCUUACGUGACUCUUGGUGGGAUGGGCAGACAUACUUUUGUAGGUUGUUGCCAGAGGAGUUUGCGGAUUGGAAGAAGCAGUAUCAAGACCGCCUUGCAGAUGGCUCGAUUCCUCCAAAGCAGCGUAAAAUGCAUGUGGAUGCCGGUUGUCCUCGGAAGAAGGCCACAAAGGCUACAGAAGCUGACCAGUCCUUGUCCAACAGUGACAAUGAUCCUCCUUCCAACGAUGAACCCACAUCCAUUCCCCAGCCUACUCUCCAACAUAUUAGAACUGCUCCACCCUUGAUGACCUCUUCCGAUGAUUCCCCUGCCGUUCACCCCUCCCCUAAGACUGGGAACGGAGGUAGCAAGAAGACUGCAAGCAAGGAUCGCAAGGAUCGCAAGGAGAACGCGAGUCACGGCCACAAAGGAAGCGGAAAGAAGACUGUCAUCGCCAAGAAGGUCAAAUCUAAGGAGUUAGUUGAGGAUACAUCGGAUGAGUCUGUGGCCACCGGCGUGAUGGAGAUGUCCAUGAAUGAUUCUGGUGCCACUCUAGAGGAUGGUGCAGCGUCUGCUCCUCUUGUCGAUAGCUCCCCCGCUCACGUCAAUAAUUCCUUCAAUGCCAUUGGUCCUGCUGCUGUCGUUGAUCGCAACUUCCUCUCUCCCGACUUCUUGCCCAAUAACAUCCUUGAUGUAAUCUCCCACCCGUUGAUGAAUCCCAUAGUCUAUGAUCUUGCAAAAACCUACAUUAUGGGUAGUGAUCCGACUCUCAAUACCUAUCCUGAUCUCCUUGCAGCAUGGGCACAAGAUCUAGGUCCGUUCUUUUCUGAGGAUCAGCUGAAGCCCUUGAUUCAACUCAUCUGGGCAUGUGACAACGACAGGACCAUGGAUGUCAAUAACAGGCUUCAUUGGAUUGAUUGUCUCUUUGCCCAGUGUACCAAUUUUGUUAAAGGUCUUACCAAGGUGCUCUCUCCUGACUUGCAGAAUCUGCAGGACCUGUCUCUCGAACAGCUGGGCCUUUCCCUCGCUGAUUUGGCUGCUUUCAGUCCGGCUACCCCUGCUAAUUCAGCUGAUUUUCGUGCAGCGGCUCUUUUACCAGCCCCAGCUCCCCUUGCUGAUUCGACUGCCUUUAGUGCGGCGGCGGCUGUUUCACCAGCUCCAGCCCCCCCUGCCGAUUUGACUGCGACGGCUGUUUCACCAACUCCAGCUCCCCCUGCCAAUUCAACUGCUUUUAGUGUGGCAGCUGUUUCUCCAGCUCCAGCCCCCCCUGCCGAUUCAACUGCGACCACUGUUUCACCAGCUCCAGCUCCCCCUGCCGAUCUGAAUGCUUUUAGUGCGGCGGCUGUUUCACCAGCUCCAGCCCCCCCUGCCGAUUUGACUGCAACGGCUGUUUCACCAACUCCAGCUCCAGCCAUCCCCACUGAUUCUUCCGUUACCCCCACCGACGUCCUUCAGCAACAUUGUGUCAAUGUACCUUCUUCCCAGCAAAAUAGCAAACCAGUUGUAGUUGCUAAUCUCAGCAAACGGUGCAUUGACUAUCUGGAUCCUAAUAACAUUGUUGAAGGAAGCCGUGCGAGGAAGAAGAAAACACGUGUUGCUUGA